CUUGUCAAAUCGCAUGCGCAGUCGAAACCAGCUACAAGCAGACGUUAUUUGCCUACUUUGGACUUUAGAUUCUGGUUUACAGAAUAAGUCUUUUCACGGCAUUUUCUCAUUUACAGUCAAAUGAUGUGUUUGUUUCACAAUCGGACAAUUAUCAAGGUAUCGAUGUGAUUUGAAAGGUGAUAGAAACGAAAGCGGAAGUAAAAAAGGGUGGAAUUUGGAAAUUCCGAUGAUCUGUGUGCAGAUGGGUGCAGUCAAACAGACUUCCCUGAGAAUUACAAAAGAUUGAGAAUUGUCAAGUUUACGGCCAAGUGUUAAUGUAACACCAGAGAAAACAGACGAGGUGACACGGACAAACAAGUUAACAUUGUCAGCAGAACAGUGCAUCUUCCCCAAGAAGAAUGAGAUGGGUCAAGUCAAAGAUCAACUGUUAAUGUAACACCAGGUAACUGCUCCUUGAGACGGCCCAGUGAAACAAGUCAACCUUGUCAGUGAAGUAUUCAAACUUCUCUGGGGAAUUCAUAAAGAUACAAGUCGAAGACCAUUGUCAGACACUGGUGAGAAGUGCCUAGAUGACUUCACAGAUAGAGACGAGCCAAAGCAUGUAUACCUAACUCAAAGGCUACGUUUUGGAUCUAAUACAACACCAGCAUCAACAUUAUCUUCUGUCCUGAAACCAACUAUAAGGAUGUCUGCCAAGUAUACUUCCACCGAAGAAACGACUAACUAUGCCCGGAUAUGUAGACUGGUCAUCGAUGUCUUCCCUGACGUAUUCAGAGAAUUACUCGUCACUCGACUGCCAUUUGGACUCCGUUAUGGACUUUCCAGUCAAAAGGGUCAGAUUAUCUCCCACUUGAAUAGACAACAGAAGAAAAUGCUUUACCCCUCGGUUGGAGUGUUCCAAGGUUCUGAGAAGGAUAUGGAUGUUUCUUUACUUUAUAUCCUUCUAAGGAAUCUAGGGAACAUCACUCCUCAUGGAAAGGGUUGGGGUAAUGUUCCAGAUGCUGCAGACCGUUGUCUGUCAGCAAACAUUGAUCGUCUACGGAUACACAGAAAUGAGAUAGUGCAUGCCAACAUUGCAUAUCUUUCUAAUAGUGACUUUCGGACGAGGCGGGCCAACAUUCGUCAAAGUGUUGAGGACAUACAGAACAGCCAUCUGAAGACAGGGAUGUUUGUACAAGCCGUGGAUAGUAUACUGACCAUGACCAUGGACCCAGAUGUAGAAAGGAAGUACAUAACUCUUGUUAAGAAGAUAGAAGGGGAAAUCAGUGACAUGAAAGAGAGACAAGACGAGAUUGCAACAAACUUGGAUGACCUCAAAGGCACUGUUGAUGCUGUGAGUGAUGACGUUGGUGAUGUUAGGAAAGACGUUACUGCUGUGAGUGAUGAAGUUGUUUAUGUUAGGAAAGACGUUACUGCUGUGAGUGAUGAAGUUGGUGAUGUUAGGAAAGACGUUACUGCUGUGAGUGAUGAAGUUGUUUAUGUUAGGAAAGACGUUACUGCUGUGAGUGAUGACGUUGGAGCUGUUAGGAAAGACAUUACUGCUGUGAGUGAUGACGUUGGAGCUGUUAGGAAAGACGUUACUGCUGUGAGUGAUGACGUUGGAGCUGUUAGGAAAGACGUUACUGCUGUGAGUGAUGAUGUUGGAGCUGUUAGGAAAGACGUUACUGCUGUGAGUGAUGAAGUUGUUUAUGUUAGGAAAGACGUUACUGCUGUGAGUGAUGAAGUUGUUUAUGUUAGGAAAGAUGUUACUGCUGUGAGUGAUGAAGUUGGAGCUGUUAGGAAAGACGUUACUGCUGUGAGUGAUGAAGUUGGAGCUGUUAGGAAAGACGUUACUGCUGUGAGUGAUGAAGUUGUUUAUGUUAGGAAAGACGUUACUGCUGUGAGUGAUGAAGUUGGUGCUGUUAGGAAAGACGUUACUGCUGUGAGUGAUGAAGUUGGAGCUGUUAGGAAAGACGUUACUGCUGUGAGUGAUGAAGUUGAUGAUGUUAGGAAAGACGUUACUGCUGUGAGUGAUGAAGUUGGUGCUGUUAGGAAAGACGUUACUGCUGUGAGUGAUGAAGUUGGUGAUGUUAGGAAAGACGUUACUGCUGUGAGUGAUGAAGUUGGAGCUGUUAGGAAAGACGUUACUGCUGUGAGUGAUGAAGUUGGAGCUGUUAGGAAAGACGUUACUGCUGUGAGUGAUGAAGUUGGAGCUGUUAGGAAAGACGUUACUGCUGUGAGUGAUGAAGUUGUUUAUGUUAGGAAAGACGUUACUGCUGUGAGUGAUGAAGUUGGAGCUGUUAGGAAAGACGUUACUGCUGUGAGUGAUGAAGUUGUUUAUGUUAGGAAAGACGUUACUGCUGUGAGUGAUGAAGUUGGAGCUGUUAGGAAAGACGUUACUGCUGUGAGUGAUGAAGUUGGUGAUGUUAGGAAAGACGUUACUGCUGUGAGUGAUGAAGUUGGAGCUGUUAGGAAAGACGUUACUGCUGUGAGUGAUGAAGUUGGUGCUGUUAGGAAAGACGUUACUGCUGUGAGUGAUGAAGUUGUUUAUGUUAGGAAAGACGUUACUGCUGUGAGUGAUGAAGUUGGAGCUGUUAGGAAAGACGUUACUGCUGUGAGUGAUGAAGUUGGAGCUGUUAGGAAAGACGUUACUGCUGUGAGUGAUGAAGUUGGAGCUGUUAGGAAAGACGUUACUGCUGUGAGUGAUGAAGUUGGAGCUGUUAGGAAAGACGUUGGUGCUGUGAAGGAAGAUGUUGGAGCUGUUAGGAAAGACGUUACUGCUGUGAGUGAAGAUGUCAGUGCCCUGAAACAUUUCUCAUCGACAAUUGGAGGGGAAAUUGGUGACAUCAAAGAUCAGAUGACAAAAGACAUGGAUAACCUAAGAGGCACUAUUGCUGCUGUGAAGGAAGAUGUUGAUGCUGUGAAAGAGGAUGUCAGCGCCAUGAAACAAUCUUCAUCCACAAAUGGAGGAAGGAAUCCUAAGUUGAGAGCUGUGAUAGGUGAGUCUGCUAAAGGAUGUUGGACAUGAAGAUAUUUUUUGAUGGAAGAGAGGUCCAGGAAACCAUCCAUUUCAACACAAACUUCAUCAAUGACAUGACAUCAGCUUGUGAAAUAUUUGAAACAUUAAUGUUUUUGUGUUAAAGACCACACAAAAUAAUUGAUUGUGUAUAAACAAUAACAAUCUCUAUACUCAUCCAUCAAAGGUCAUGGCCAUAUGUUACCUGAUACGUCAUGUUGUCAUUGUGGCUGACUGAUGGAAGUAGAGGUUACGCAAUGAGUAGGUUCUGG